GUGUGUGUGUCUCUCUCUCUCUGUGUGUGUGUGUGUGUGUGUGUCUGUGUACCUACACAUUACUGCAAUGGAUGGCUAUCGUGUAGAGUAGUGUUAGGACCAAAAAGGAGAGGCGAUCCGUCUGCGUCUGUAGUCGUCUGUGUCCGUCGUUGUGGGGAUCUGCUGUUGACUUAAGAGAGAGAGAGAGGAAAAAAAAGAAAAAAGGGGGAAAAAAAGAGAGAGAAAAAAAAAACCCCAUAGGAUUGAUCCUUUUUUUUUCUCGUGUGUGUGUUCCACCCCUCCUUUGCUGAGUUGGUCGGAGUGGGGAGUGGUGGGGGUGGUGGUGGGGGUUUGGCAAAAAAAAAAGAAAGAAGCUGCUAUGGAUUUGAACAGCAGCUCAAAUGGUGGUGAUCACAGGCACAGCUCAGAGGAGAGGCACUGCUUACUGCCCGAGUCGUCGGCUUCGGAUCUGAACAAACUGGGAGCAGCGCCCUGUAGGCGCUCCAACUACUGCAAUGGGAUGAGGUACAAACUGCUGCAGGAGGGGGACAUCCAGGUCUGCGUUAUCAAACAUCCCAGGACAUUCCUCAGCAAAAUCCUCAGCUCCAAGUUCUUGCGGCGAUGGGAACCCCAUCAUCUGACCCUGGCCGACAGCAGCUUGGCGUCUGCUACGCCCACUGGCUACAUGGAGAAUGCCAUCUGGUACAGCGCUGUGGAGGAUGUUCAGCUGCUGUCAUGGGAAAAUGCACCUAAGUACUGUUUACAGCUCACCAUUCCGGGAGGCACGGUUCUACUUCAGGCAGCGAACAGUUACCUGCGAGACCAGUGGUUUCAUUCGCUUCAGUGGAAGAAAAAAAUUUACAAGUACAAGAAGGUACUGAGCAAUCCGAGUCGCUGGGAAGUUGUCCUGAAGGAGAUCCGCACUCUGGUAGACAUGGCCCUGUCGUCCCCACUUCAGGACGAUUCCAUUCACCAAGCCCCGCUGGAGAUCGUCUCCAAACUUCUGUCAGAGAACCUAAACUUAACCACUCAAGAGCAUGAGAAUAUCAUCGUGGCGAUAGCGCCUUUGCUGGAAAACAACCAUCCACCUCCAGAUCUCUGCGAGUUUUUCUGCAAGCACUGCAGAGAGCGUCCACGAUCAAUGGUUGUCAUCGAAGUAUUUACACCUGUGGUGCAGCGAAUUCUCAAGCAUAACAUGGAUUUUGGCAAGUGUCCCCGGUUGAGACUUUUUACACAGGAGUACAUCCUUGCCUUGAAUGAGCUCAACGCCGGAAUGGAGGUGGUGAAGAAAUUCAUUCACAGUAUGCACGGCCCAACUGGACAGUGCCCCCACCCAAGAGUCCUGCCCAACCUUGUCGCUGUCUGCUUAGCUGCAAUUUAUUCUUGCUACGAGGAGUUCAUUAACAGUCGAGACAACUCGCCCAGCCUAAAGGAAAUACGCAAUGGCUGUCAGCAGCAGUGUGAUCGCAAGCCCAACCUGCCACUGCGGCUUCUGCACUCCAGCCCUGACCUGGUGUCGCAGGAGGUCAACUCCGACACCAGGAUGAAAUCCAUCAUUGUGAACUCAACCGAGAUCCACGUGGAAUUGGAACGCAGCAGCCUGGUUAAUCAGAAACUGAAAGGGAGCACGAGCAGUGGCAGCAAUAACAGCAGCAGCAACAACAGCAGCAAAAGCAAUAACAGCAGCAGCAGUAGCGGUAACAAUAGCGACAGUGAGCCCAGCCUGAUCGACUGUUUGCUAGUCAGCCCCACAUGCAGCACCAUGGUCAUUGAACUGAGCCCACAGGCUGAGCGAGUUCUCGGCUGUUACGUGGAAAUUCUCAAAAUGCUGUCAGAUUACGAUGACUGGAGACCCGCUCUUGCCAGCCUGCUUCAGCCCAUUCCCUUCCCCAAAGAGGCACUCGCACACGUGAAGUUCACAAAGGAAUUGAAGUAUGUCAUACAGAGAUUUGCAGAAGACCCAAGACAAGAGGUCCAUUCGUGUUUGUUGAGUGUUCGGGCAGGCAAGGAUGGCUGGUUCCAGCUGUACAGUCCUGGAGGAGUAGCGUGCGAUGAUGAUGGGGAGCUUUUUGCCAGUAUGGUACGUGUUUGCAAUAAUGUGCACAUCUUAAUGGGUUCUUGCUACAAGACGAAAAAGUUCCUGCUGUCACUGGCUGAGAACAAACUGGGACCGUGUAUGCUGCUGGCACUCAGAGGAAAUCAGACGAUGGUUGAAAUCCUGUGCUUGAUGCUCGAGUACAACAUCAUAGACAACAAGGACACACAGCUUCAGAUCAUCUCCACCUUGGAGAGCACAGACGUUGGAAAGAAAAUGUAUGAACAGCUCUGUGACAGACAAAGGGAGUUAAAAGAGCUGCAAAGGAAGGGUGGACCCACUCGCCUAACACUACCCUCGAAAUCCACGGACGCAGACCUGGCCAGAUUACUGAGCUCUGGGUCAUUUGGAAACCUGGAAAAUCUCAGCCUGGCCUUCACCAACGUCACCAGUGCCUGUGCAGAACAGUUAAUCAAGCUGCCGUCCCUCAAACAGUUAAACUUGUGGUCCACCCAGUUUGGAGAUGCUGGGCUACGGGUUCUCUCCGAGCACCUUACGUCACUGCAAGUUCUGAACCUGUGUGAGACGCCAGUCACGGACUCUGGAUUGCUGGCACUUAGCUCCAUGAGGAGUCUGUGCAGCUUGAACAUGAAUAGUACCAAACUGUCCGUCGAUACAUAUGAAGAUCUCAAGGCGAAGCUGCCAAACCUCAAAGAAGUGGAUGUUCGUUACACAGAGGCCUGGUGAAAGUGCUGCUCCAGAGAAAGCCAGCGAGAAAUCGACCUUAUUUUUGCGGAAGAAGAAAAGAUCUUUUUUCCAGCAUUUUUACCUUGGGCCAAGGAAGCGCUGGGGUUGCCAGCCCAGGGCCCUUUCGACAGAGGCUUGUAGUGCAGGGCUCAUGAGGAACCUGCUUCAUUCUUAACGCUUUUUAAUUUCAGACGAUGAGCCGUGUGUAGCGAGCAGCAAGCUGGCAGCCAGUGGGACCUCUUUUGGUCAUUAAUCGCCUUUGUGUUCAUGCCGUGUGUAAAACAGAAUAUCUUUCUCUCUCUCUCGUUUACUUCGUCUACUUGAACGGACCAAUGUCAAAAACCGAUUUGGAAGAUCCCACUUUUAUCUCUGGCUGAAGAAAUCGACUCUUUUUGAUGGAUAACAUUACAUUUGCUGUCUUGAACCCUUGCAAUGAAAUGCAACAUGAUUUAUCUUUUUUUUGUACAUAAGGUAUACAUAACACACAUAUUUAAGAAAUUGUUCACACAACAGGUCUGGGACCUGAUUCUUAUUUAUGGAUUGCAAUUCUUUUAUUUGUUUUUUUUCGCGCGUAUAGUACUGUAUAAAGUAGUUAUGUUUUUUUUGGCUGUCUUGUAGCCUGAAAGUGCUCUUGUAAGUGGGUUUUAAUUUGCCUUUAUGAACUGCUGUCGUCUGUCCUCUUGGAUCAAGUGACUUUUACCAGAUUCAAAAAUACAAGAAAAACUAUAAGAGCAAUUUUUUGCAGGCCUUCGAUGAGUUAAAAAGCUUGUAAAAAUUCUGACUUCGAAGGAAACACAAGACAUUUCUUUUCAAAAAGACCAAUUUACCGAACCCUUUAUUUUUUGCUCGGAAGCUGUGGCGAGAUCCCUCCGAAGAGAACUGCGCACAACGGUUUUAAGAUUAAAAAAAAGAAAAAAAAACUCUUUAUAGCAACUCCUUGUUUUUUUUCCUUAAAUGCUUUUUGUCCUAUUUAAAUCCAUUCCUCUCCCUUCCUCCUCUUUAUCUUCCCCUUCCCUCCCAAGAUUUGUGCAUAGUGUCAUGCAUGCGUGAUUUUGCAUGAUUCUGGUAGAAAAAUUAAAUGGUCAAAUUAAAAAUCAGUGAGCUCCCCUUUAUCUGUCCACGAAUGGCAACCACAAUUAACGUUUCACGAAGCAUUGAUUAUUUGUUUUCCUCCCCUUCAACCUGCCAACCACUCAUUCUGUCGCCUUGACAUCAUUUGAGCCUUCUGUUGUAUUACGAGCAAAGUUUAAC